AUGAAAGCAAUGAGACUGUCAGACAGCCCGGAGACAACAAAAGUCAUGAGAAACAAGAGCGAGUUCUUCUUGGACGAAGCACAGCGCAUCAAAUCAGACCCAGACUGGAAACCACGCAUUGAAAUCGAUGUCGCCAAAGUUGCCAAACUCGUGGAACCGAAAUCAUCUCGCCCACUGCCUACCUCAGAACAGAUCUUGCUUUUGAAGGCUUCCCAACUCAAUGGUUUCAAGUUUCCUCCUUGGACCAGCUUUCCAAAGGACAAUGAUUUCCAACUUCAAGUCGGUCAAGAGCCUUUCAUUGACAAACCUGAAUUGCGCCUAUCCGCUGCACAACUUCAAGUUUUCGAUGGUUGGAAGAGAGCUGCGGAGGCGCUACCACCACCAGCAUGGUACACGGCUCAGGAGAGAGGUGCUGGUCCCACAAUGAGCUCAUCACGAACUAUCGAUCUUGUCCAAGAUGCUGCCACUGAUUGCUCAGUUGUUGCGAGUCUUUGUGCGCUAGUUGCUCGCGGCGAACGAGGCCAUGCUAAGAUCCUAGGAUCCAUGAUGUUUCCCUACGAUAACGAAGAAGGUCGCCCUCAGAUGUCUCAAAAUGGCAAAUAUGCGCUGAAGCUCAACUUCAACGGCACGUAUAGAAAGGUUGACAUCGACGACCGUCUGCCUGUGUCGAAAUCAUCAAGAGUUCUGCACGUCAUUGACCGUCACAAUCCAAGCCUUUUGUGGCCUGCGUUGAUCGAGAAGGCCUAUCUCAAAGUCAGGGGCAGCUAUGAUUUCCCUGGUAGCAAUUCAGGGACCGACCUUUGGAUCUUGAGUGGAUGGAUUCCGGAACAGAUCUUCUUGCAAAGCGAUGACACCAUUCCUAAUAACAUCUGGAAGCGCAUCUACAAGUCUCAUCAGUAUGGCGACGUCCUCGUUACAAUGGGCACUGGCAAAAUCUCCAAUCGUACAGAACGUGCAAUUGGCCUUGCAGGAGAGCACGACUAUGCAGUGCUGGACAUGAGAGAAGUAGAUGGCCAAAAGCUGAUGCUUGUCAAGAACCCAUGGUGCGAAGGCAUGUCUUGGAAAGGAAGCAUUCCUAGAUCGCCGGUCGAUAACGAGGGUGAAGAGGACGAAGAAGUCCUCCCUUCAUCCAGAGAUCUGCUCAACUCAGACGAUGAGCUGACCCCAGGAACAUUCUGGAUGGACCUCAACAGUGUGAUGCAGUAUUUCGAGUCCAUUUACUUGAAUUGGAAUCCGGGCCUAUUCUCCUAUCGCCAGGACAUCCACUUUGCAUGGGACUUGUCAGCGUCUUCUCCCAGCAGCAAAUUCAAGAGCUUUGGUAACCAUCAGCAGUUUCGAAUGUCCGUAGCAUCACCAGGGACUGCGUGGCUUCUGCUCAACCGUCAUUUCAAAGAUGGCAAGGAAAACGUCCAUCCUUCUGAAUACAUUAGCCUGUAUGUGUUCGACAAUCAUGGCGCAAAAGUCUACCUUAGUGACGGGGCUAUUCAACGUGGUCCUUUUGUGGAUUCACCCCAAACUCUUCUUCGCCUCGACAACCUAGAAGCGGACAAGCGGUACACGAUCGUUCCGGUUGAACAAGAUUUGACUCAGGCCACUCAUACUUUCACUCUCUCGGCGUUUGCAAAUGCACGCAUCACCAUUGACGAGGCUCCCAACAAGUAUCGCUGCCAAAACGUGGUCUCAUCAUCGUGGACGGAAGAGACCGCAGGCGGCAAUGCUCACUCACCGACAUACUCACAGAACCCACAGUUCAGUAUCACAGUUGCUGCGAGAACACCCAUCGCAUUGUUACUCGAAACAGCAAUGGAGCAACUGCAUGUGCACGUAAAGUUGGUGCAUGGUCGAGGGUCUCGGGUUCAAGCAGUACGAUCCAAGGACAUUGUGUUUGACUCGAAAGACUAUCGUCGUGGAUGUGCUCUGGCACAAUUCGCAGAAUUGGACGCAGGAACUUACACCAUCGUUUGUUCUACUUUCGAGGCUGGUCAAAAGGGGAACUUCAAGCUUCGCGUAGACAGUAAUGCAGCUACGCAGUUGUCCCUGCUCCCACGGCAAGGUGCAGGUCGGUUGAGACGCGCUUGGGCCAAGGCGGCCUUCGAGGGACAGCAACGCAUACUUGCAGCACCUAUUGCCCCUAGACGUCUCACCAAGCUCGACGUUUUCGUCAAGCAGGUUCAGCAGACGGGUGUUCAUGAGACUGCGAGAAUGGGUCAACGUAGGGAGAGAAGCAUGAUUCGCGUCACCCUGGAAAUUGGUAAGGGGCCCGAAAGACGAAUUUUGAUUGCCAGCUCCAACGGCGAGUAUAGCGAUUCCUCUGCUGGUGUUCGUACCGGAGAGAUUGACCUUUCCCCACAGGAGGUGGGCAAGGCAUGGCUUGUGAUUGAGAGAAUGUUCACUCCUGCCGAUUUGGAAGGAGAGAUAUUCCAAGUCGAGACAUUCACGGAUGCACCUGACACUGUCGACAUUGGCGUCUGGAGAAGAUGGGAGGUCGAUUGA